CCUAACAUUCUAUUUUCUCGUUUGACAAAUAUGCAAACUACCAGUAGUAACAACUCUGGUGCCUCUACUUUGACUGCUGUUAUUUCUUCUUCUUCUUGUUCUUCCUCCCAACUCUGCCAAAAUAGAGAGACAUGGAUUACUGAUGCUAGCGCUGAGGAGUAUUUUGGUUACAAAAGUUCGGAAUUAAAGAGUUAUAAAAGGAGGAAUGGAAGCGUCCUCGGCAUCUUCUUCUUCAUCUUCGGUCACAUUCUACGAUUUUCUUGAUCGUAUGCGAAAUCCUGCUUCCCUUGAUCUCGUUCGAUCCAUCAAGAGCUUUAUCGUAUCAUUUUCAUUCUACGCGGCCAACCCUGAUAAUGAUGCUAAAAAGGUGCAAGAAUUCUUCACUACAAUGGAAGAUACAAUCAGAGAUCAUCCAAUAUGGGCAGGUGCCACCGAUGAAGAAGUUGACUCUGCCAUGGAGGGACUAGAGAAAUAUGUGAUGACAAAAUUGUUCUACCGGACAUUUGCUUCUUCUCCAGGAGAUAUAAAACUGGACCUUGAAAUCUCAGAGAAAAUACAAUUGUUGCAGACCUUCUUGAAGCCUGAGCAUUUAGAUAUUCCAUCAGUCCUUCGUAAUGAUGCUUCAUGGCUGCUUGCGGAGAAAGAAUUGCAGAAAAUCAGUGCAUUUAAAGCCCCUCGUGAGAAGCUUCUUUGCAUCAUUAACUGUUGCAAGGUCAUCAACAACUUGUUGCUAAAUGCAGCAAUGUCAGAGAAUCAUGUACUAGCCGGGGCUGAUGACUUUCUCCCGGUUCUUAUAUAUGUCACGAUCAAGGCCAAUCCUCCACAGUUGCACUCCAACCUCAAAUUUAUUCAGUUAUACAGAAGGCAGGCAAAACUUGUUUCAGAAGCCGCAUUUUACUUCACAAAUCUUGUGUCAGCCAAAACAUUUAUUGUCGACUUAAAUGCUAAAUCUCUAUCUAUUGAUGAAAUUGAAUUUGAGGAAAGCAUGCAAGCAGCAAGAGAGACUAACAAAUUGAUACCAGAGGAAUUCUUCACCACACAGGAAGUGAUGACAACCUCACAAGGUCAAAUUGAUCCUGGUGCUUCAGCAAGAGUACAUCAUAAAGAGACAAAUGCAGGUGGGUCAAAUUACCCUUAUAUGGAAGCGGAGGCAGGUGACUUAACAGUCAGGGAUGUGGAAAGAUUACUAAGUCUAUACAAGGACGUUGUUACAAAAUAUACAACUUUGUGCAAGGCUGUUAAAAGUUUUCCUCCCACCAAGACUGAAUCCUCCCUUCCUCAUUUAGAAGGAAGCAGUAUUUUAUCGACAAAACCGGAGGAAAAUACUGAAAACACUAGAGAAUGAGGUCUAUGGGUAUUGGCUUCGUAAUUUCCUUUUUCUGUAAGAUACUUCAACUUCUUUUUUUAUUUUUUAUUAUUUUGAAAAAUAAAUAACAAUUUUGUGUUUAAUGAUGGUUACUUCUUAUACUUUUCCUGGCAAAAAUGAAAAAAAAAAAUAUAUAUAUAUAUAUAAUACAUAUAUUAAUUUUUUGUA